AUCCCUCAUCAUCAUCAGGUAGAUGAUUGACAAUUAGUGGUAAUUAUGAUUUAUGCACAGCAUAUUUGUUACAAUUAAUUUUUAUUAUAUAUUCAGAACGGAAACGUCAAGGAUGAUAAUAUUGUUGUUAAGGAAGAGUAUAAAGAGGAGGAUGUGGAGUAUGGAGUGAUGGAGGAACUUUGUGACGGACACAAGGACAUUAUGAUGGAGAUUCCUAAUAACAGAAACCCACCAGAGAGAUGUCCCCGUCCUCUGUAUUCCCGGGAUUCCACACAGGAAGGUCACACCAUCCCUCACCAUCAUCAGGGUGAAGAUCUGAUGAACAUGAAAGUUGAGGGUGAAGUAGAAGAGACGUAUGUGAGGGAUGAUCAGCAAUAUACGGAGGAGCGUGGAAUGACGAGGACAUUCAAAGAGGAGGACACUCCUACAGAGAUCAGCACAGUAAACGCCAUUGAGAAACCCUCAAAGGAAUGUCUCACUUUAUCUCCAGGUUGUAAAAUGGAAGAUGAGGACAUCACAAAAGAUUGUGCAGGAGAAAGGCCAAUGAGCUCAGUUAUGGAUGGUGGACUUCACAGUGUGGAUAGACCAUUAAAUCCCUCUGACUCUGAGCAACCUCAUACUGUGAGGAAUGGUGCCGGAAUUCAGGACGAGGAGAAAUUUUUCUGUCCUGAAUGUGGGGAAAGUUUUAGCUGUGAGUUAAGUCUUACUGUACAUCAGAGAUCUCACACAGGUGAGAAGCUUCAUUCCUGUUUUGAGUGCGGGAAAUGUUUCUUUCAUAAAUCAGAACUCGUAAUACAUUGCAGAUCUCACAUGGGCAAGAAGCAAAAUUCCUGCCCAGAGUGUGGGAAAUGUUUUGAAAGGAAAUCAGAGCUUGUUCGACAUCAGAGGUCCCACACUGGGGAGAAGCCACAUUCCUGCCUUGAGUGCGCAAAAAGUUUUUCAUUGAAAUCAGUCCUUGUUAGACAUCGGAGAUUGCACACAAGGGAGAAACUAAAUUCCUGUUUUGAAUGUGGGAAAUUAUUUAUAAAGAAAUCAGACCUUGUUAAACAUCAGGGAUUACACACAGGGGAGAGGCCGCAUUCCUGCCCUGAAUGUGGGAAAUGUUUUUCACAGAAAACAAACCUUGUUAGACAUCUGAGAUUGCACACUGGGGAGAAGCCAUAUUCCUGCCCUGAAUGUGGGAAAUGUUUUACGUGGAAGUCACAAUUGGUUAGCCAUGAGAGAUCUCACACGGGGGAAAAGCCAUAUUCUUGCCCCGAGUGCAGAAAAUGUUUUUCGGAUAAAUCACACCUUAUUAGACAUCAGAGAUCUCACACAGGCGAGAAGCCGUAUUCUUGCCCUGAGUGUGGAAAAUGUUUUCCAGAUAAAUCUGACCUUAUUAGACAUCAAAGGUCACACACAGGGGAGAAGCCAUAUUCUUGCCCUGAGUGCAGAAAAUGUUUUCCAGAUAAAUCAGAGCUGGUUAGACACCAGAGAUCUCACACAGGGGAAAAGCAAAAUUCCUGCCCCGAAUGCGGAAAAUGCUAUUCAGAUAAAUCAGUCCUUGUUAGACAUCAGAGAUCUCACACAGGGGAGAAGCCAUAUUUUUGCACUGAGUGUGGAAAAUGUUUUCCAGAUAAAUCACACCUUGGUAUACAUCAGAGAUCUCACACAGGGGAGAAACCGUAUUCUUGCUCCGAGUGCAUGAAAUGUUAUUCACGGAAAUCAGACCUUGUUAUACAUCAGAGAUCUCACACAGGGGAGAAGCCAUUUUCUUGCCCUGAGUGUGGGAAAUGUUAUAUACGGAAAUCACACCUUGUUAUACAUCAGAGAUUCCACACAGGUGAGAAGCCGUAUUCCUGCCUUGAGUGUGGGAAAUGUUUUGCACGUAAAUCAGUCCUUAAUAUACAUCAGAGAACUCACAUAUUAGUCUAAACCCCACUGAAGUCAAUGGGAGUGAGUCUUUAAAUAAUUCUGGCAAUUUUUAAGGCUUACAGGCAAGAGGUUGUGAAAGGGCAUGGGGAGCUGGGUACUGCCUGUGAGGAUAUGGAGAUGUAUACCAGGAAACUACAAACCAGUCAGCCUAACAUCAAUAGUAUGUAAGCGGGCAGAUCCACAAAGAUCUGCCCCGGCGCAUCGUA